AUGGCGCCCAAGGAACCCUUCAAGAUACACUCGCUUAGCAAGCACAUCGAGAACACAAAGAAGGGCCUCUCUGCAGAGGCACAGUACAAUCGACGUCCUACCACCCGCGCCGCGGCCAUCAAGAAGGAGGCCAAGUCUUUCGAGCCCAACAACAUCUUUUCAAACAAUGACGACGACGAAGAGGAGGGUUCUAGUGACAGUGACAGCGACAGCAGUGAUGGCGAAGACACCCAAGCCGAUUUCUUGCGCAAGCUGACCGCUCCCUCUGCCACCAAGAAGCCUGCUUCUACCCCUUCCCGUCGCCGCAGCAAGGAUGACGAGAUCGCCGAUAGCGACGACGAGCGAAACGCGUCGAAGAAGAGCGCAACCGCUACAAAGAAGGCCGCUCCUGUGAAGCCCGAGCCCAAGUCUUCCAGCGAUUCCAGCAGUGAAUCCGAGUCGGACGAAGCUGAGGACAAGGCAAGGGCAAAGACAAACGGCGCCGCCAAGGCCUCAGACACCACAUCCAGCUCCUCCGAGUCGGAAAGCGAGAGUGAAAGCGAGGCCGAGGAGGCAAAGCCUGAUGCGACCGCCAAGGCAGCCGCUGAGUCUAGCAGCGAGGAGUCCAGCGAGUCUGAGAGCGAAGCCGAACCCGACACCAAGGCCAAGCCUGCCGUCAACGGCAAAGCUGCCGCUCCCGCCACAUCUACAAGCUCUAGCGAUACCAGCGACAGUGAGAGCGAAGACGACGACGAGCAAGCUGCCAAGCCUGCUAAGAAGGCCGCCGCUCCCGAGUCGGACAGCUCCUCCUCUAGCGAAGCCGAGGAUUCGGACGACGAGAUGGUUGACGAGUCGAUGCAUAUCGAAGACCGCCAGGUCCAGAGCCGGGUCGCCGUUCCCAACUUCAUCGCUCCCGACUUUGUCCUCCGAAAGGGCGACGACGGUGCGAGCGGCCAGGACGUUGCCGAGAUCUGCACCCAGGCCAACCUCGAGGGCAAGCAGUUCUGGUACUUCACCGUCCCUUCCAACGUUCCCAUUUCGGUCGUUCAGAACCUCGAGAUCCCCAUGAACCAGUCGCAGUCGGGUAACAGCGUCUUCUCCCACGACGGCGAGGAGUAUGGUGUUUCGUUCGAAAGCAUUGCUCCCAAGGGCAACAUUCAGAUCUUGAUUCCCUCGUCCGAUGGCGCUCAAUACCGUUCCUCUUCCAAGCAGGUCGACCAAGUCAUGCAGGUCAAGAAGAUUACACAGCUCGGCGCCAACAGCACUGUUGGACCUGCUGCCAAGCGCGCCCCUCGCGCACAGCCCUCGGGUCUGAAAGCUCGAUACCAGCCUAUUGGCGUCAACGAACCUAUGGGCACCAUUGGAGAUGAUGAGGCUGGAGAGGAGGAUGUCGAGAUGACCGAGGCUCCCACUCUGUCCACCAAGACACCCAAGAAGGACAAGAAGCGCAAGUCCAAGGAGACAGCUGCGCAGGAUACCCCAGAUGUUUCGACCUCUGCCAAGGCCAAGAAGCAGAAGAAGCGAGGCGAGAGUGUUGCUGAGCCCGCCAGCUCCCUGACCGCCGAAGCAGCGACCCCUGAAGUCAACCGCAAGGGCAAGCGGAAGCACACGGCCUCUGAGGAUGACGCUCUUGCUGUUACGGAGCAGCUCAAGGAGGAGUCCAAGUCGGCCAUCAACAAGUCCAAGAAGCAAAAGACGACACGCACCGGCAGCCCCGACCUGGGCUCUGAGCCCGCCUCCACGGCCGGUAAGAAGCAGACUCCCGUGCUUCCUCCAGUCUUCCCCUCGAGCCAAGUGACGGGAACCCCAACCCCCAAGGCUACCGCUUCUCCCGCAGUUGGGACCGGCAAGAAGUCCAAGAAGGCCAAGGCUGAAGCUGUCCUCCCUUCUGGCGCCAGAAAGGAAACUCCUGUCCCUACCCCUCGCCAGUCUGCUGUACCUAUCCCCUCGAUUCCUCACUCUUCUCCCGCCCGGGCCACCUCACCCAGCCAGGUCAAGGAAGAGAAGCGAGCUAAGAAGCGCAAGGAGAGCAAGAAGGCCGCUGCCACCCCCAACGGCAGAAAGGUGACUCCCGUACCUGCACCGAAGAUUGCCUCGGAGUAG